AUGGCCCUGCCUCUGCUUCCCGGCUACAGCCUCAACCGCAAUGUGGGAAAGGAGAAGUUCCACAAAUCUCAGCAUUUGAGCUAUUUAAAUAAUGUUAGGAUGCUGCUGAGUGAAGGUAAACCUGGAAUAGGUGGAGAACCCCUUCUCAGGGAAAAGACGAAGCCUAAAUACAGUGUAUUUACUAAAGAAAUUGGAAGCGACGUACCAUCCUGGGUAGCUUUUGAUAGACAGGUAUUGUCUUUUGAUGCUUAUGUAGAAGAUGAAGUACCUGAUAAAAGUCAAGAAAAGUAUAGAAUAAGAUUCUAUAAAAUCUUCUUCUACCUUGAAGAUGACACAAUUCAAGUAACUGAACCAGUGGUGAAAAAUAGUGGACUGCGUCAAGGGACUUUUAUCCAACGUCGUCGGAUUUCUCUACCACCUCCUGAUGAUGAUCAGUUUUAUACUGUGUAUCAUUUCAAUAUCAACAUAGACAUUGUCUUUUAUGGCUGGGCAUUCAAGAUUUAUGACUGUGAUGUAUUCACAAAAAACUUUUUGAAGAAAAUAGGAAUCAAAUUAAAUCCCCCGGGAGAGUGUCCAGAAGAUCCCUACAUGAAGACAUGGAGACAGAAGCUAGACUGCAUACGGCCCUUACGUCCUUAUGAGUCCUUCGACACCCUGAAACAGUUUCUCGAGUAUGAUAGGAAGGUUUUGCGUUUCUUCUGUCUGUGGGAUGACUCAGCCUCAUUGUUCGGGGACCGCAGAGAACUCAUCUUGCUUUACUUUCUGUCUGAUGAUACUAUUGAAAUCAAAGAAUUGCUACCACACAACACAGGCCGGGAUGCUAUGCCAUUCUUCCUCCGGAGGAGAAAGCUGCCAAAGUAUGGCCCACCUGGAAUCUAUCAACCAGGUGCGAUAACAGAUCGAGUAGUUCUCAAUUUGUAUAGUGGCUUGGCAGAGAACCGAGUGUAUGGCUACCUGCUGGAUAAAUGCAAGCUAGGAAAAUUAGAACAAGAGUUUUAUAAAGAUAGUGACCUGUCUAUAGGAACCACCAUCAAUGUGUGGGGAAGGAAAGUGCUCCUUUGUGACUGUGAUGAAUUUACGAAGACUUAUUAUAAGACUAAAUAUGGAAUUGAGAACUUUACCUCGAUUCCAUGGAAGGCUCCAUCUCCUCCAAAAAUAGAAAGGAAAUUUCCACCUUAUACCGGCUUUGGUUCUGAAGAGGAUUCUCUCCGCUCUUGUAUAGGCCUCGUGCCCAUGCCUCGUCCUAAUCUGGGGAACUUCAGGAAGUUCAUGGAAAAAGACAGCUAUGGCAGCAUAAGCAACAUACUCCGUUUUUUUGCGAAACUAAUCACACACAAAUGUGCAGAUGUGGACAGGCUGUUUAUUAUUUCAUAUUUUCUCAGUGAUGACACAAUUUCAGUGUUUGAACCCAUAGAGAGGAAUUCAGGGAAUGCUGGUGGGCAAUUCUUAAAAAGAAUGCGUGUUAAGAAACCUGGACAAGAAGUCUUUAAAAGUGAACUAUCAGAAUAUAUGAAGGUUGAGGAGCUGUAUAUUGGAGCCACAGUGAAUGUGAAUGGCUACCUGUUUCUUUUGCUCAAUGCUGAUGAGUACACUUUAAAAUUCAUGGAGAAGAAUUCAGAGAAGUUUCCUUUCAGCAACCUUGAACUUGCUCUACAAAAGCUGAAAGAUGAAAAAUCAAAAUCCAGAGAGAUCAAACAGGUAUUUAGGGAUGCUGAUCCUGCGUUCACUAAGAUGGUGGAUUAUAAUACAUUCAGAGACAUAGUGAUGACUAUAACUGUUGGGAAACUGAUAGAACAAGAACUCGUAACCAUUGCCCGUCACUAUGGGGUGCCUGAGGACCCAUGUCCAGAUACUAAUACCCUAAUUGCAAUGGCCCACGAACAGCUUAAGAAAAAUUUUUUUGAGAAUUUUGAAAGACUCAUUUAUAGCUGUGUGUAUCAAGAUCGAGAAAAAAAAAAAGUAUUACCCAGCAAAGACAUCAAAAGGCUGUGCAAGUCCUCCAGGUUACCUUUGACUGAUGAUCUUCUAGGAUCCUUACUGUCCAAGUUUGAAGACAAUGAAAAACAAAUCAAUUAUGAGUCAUUUUUCUGUGUCCUGAACUGGAGAAAACAUCCAAUGCCUGAACUGGUAGCAAUAUCGCCCUUGAAAGAGAGAUGUGAAGAUAUGUGGCUCGGGAUGCCAUCACCUAUUCCUACGAAAUACAUUAACUAUUUUCAAUUUUUAAAGGACGUGUAUGGCUUAGAGGAGGAGUAA